GCCAAGGAUGAGUUCCCAUGCAGUCAUUCUUGUAUACCAAUAGAACUACGAUGUGACACGAACUGUGAUUGUGAAGUAGACUGCGCUGAUAUGGACGGAUGCGAGGCGUUCCCAUGUUUAGAAGGAUACGAGAAGUGCACCAAGAAUCAUUACUGCAUAGCUAAACACCUCUGGUGUAAUUUCGUGGAUGACUGUGGAGAUAAUUCGGAUGAAGAUUUAUGCUAUCAUCCGGAUUGCUGGAAAGGUGAAUUCCAGUGCUCUAACAAGCAGUGUAUCAACACGUGGUUUGUGUGUGAUGGGAGUCAGGAUUGCAUUGAUGGGAGCGACGAGGCACGCUGUGGUGAAGAACAUUUCGUUCUCUGUGAGAAUGGUAAAAAGGUCUACGAACACGAAUGGUGUGACCGCCUUGUGGACUGUCCUGAUAAUGAAGCAGAUGAAACCAACUGUGUUUGUACCGCGGAUGAAUACAGGUGCCCUAAUGGCAAGUGCUUGCGACCCUCGGUGCGGUGCAACGGUGUCUGUGAUUGUUUGUCUUGCGAUGACGAAAAAGAGUGCGCGGAUGAAGACAUGUGUAAUUAUGAGACGAAUGGCAUCCUCUGUCAGAUAGCAAACAACAAACCAUCGAGGUGCGUCAGGAAAGAAUACAUCUGCGAUGGAUUUGGUGACUGUCCCAACAAAGCCGAUGAGUUCAACUGUCAAUUGCCAGGCAACACAACGGGCCACUGUGACUCGGAAGGUAAUCCUCCUUACAUGAUGUGUGAUAUCAAAGAUGGCGCCGACGAUCCUCGAUGUUUGCCUGCGCUGAAAGUACAGUGUGACAGAUACCGACGACCACACUGCAUGUAUGGCUUCGAUGAAGAGACUUGCAAUGCGACUCGCCCUUGUGAUCCCGAGGUAGAAUACGAGUGCCCGUAUGGGAGGUGCAUCGACCUAACAAGCCGAUGCGACGCACAACUGGAUUGUUUUGAUUUCUCCGACGAAGCCAACUGUGAGUCUUUCGAGUGUCUACCGGGAACCUGGAAGUGUCACAGUGGACAGUGCAUCCCUGAGAAACAGAAGUGUGAUUACACACCAGAUUGUUUUUACGUCAAUGGAACUGUGGAUUCGUCUGAUGAAGACGAAUGCGACUAUAAGAUCUUUGGAUGCAGGGAGGGUGAGUUCAGAUGUCACAGCGGUCAGUGUAUACCUCAAGAUGAAGUGUGUUUCUUUGAUUCUACGAUGAAGAAAGGAUGCAAGGAUCGCUCACAUCUUAAUGAUUGUGCAAACCGGACUUGUCGCGAGAACGAAUUCAAAUGCCGUAAUGCUCAUUGUGUCAAUAUGAGUGACGUAUGCAACGGAGCUGUUGACUGUCUACCCUACUGGACAGAUGAAGAUUUCUGUCCUCACGAGUGCGGACCUGCACUUAUGUGUAUAUGCAACCAUACACAGAUGAGCUGCAUCAACGCUGGACUUGAAUCCUUCCAUAAUUUCUACGUCGAAGAACAGAUCUCGGAAAUAAAUCUGAGUGGGAACAGGAUUCAAAUCUCAAACGAGGUCCUUUCUGGGCUUCCCGGUUUGCUUCGAUUAGACUUGUCAAACAAUAGCUUAAAUGACAUCGGAAAUGAUACCUUCAAGGGUUUAGCCAACCUCAGAUAUUUGAAUUUAGAGAACAAUAACCUCAGAGUGAUUCGUAAACAGACUUUCAACGGUUUGGAAGGCCUUCAGACCCUACGACUUGGAGGAAAUAACAUCCACGCAAUAGAGCCUCAUGCUUUCGAAGGGCUAAGGAAUAUCACAACGCUAGACCUAAGUAACCAGAAUUUGACGGAGAUCCCAAAUGCUGCGUUCGUUGGACUAUACCGGCUUCACUUCUUAGACCUUUCAGCCAAUCACAUCGUUAUGGUACCAGAUGGCGCUUUCUAUGGUCUUUAUCAACUCAAGAAACUAGACAUAUCAGAAAAUGCGAUUGAGGUCGUGAGCAGACGAACUUUCAACCUGCGUCUUUUGGAAGAGCUAAUUACAGACGAAUAUCGCUUCUGCUGCAUGGCCCGUCACGUGUCUAAAUGUCUUCCUCUACCGGACGAGUUUUCAUCUUGCGAGGAUCUCAUGUCAAAUCCCAUACUGCGCAUGUGCAUCUGGAUUAUCGGCAUGAUCGCUUUGAUUGGAAACUUGGUCGUCAUCAUGUGGAGGGUCAAUAGCAAACGAGACAAUAAGGUUCAUUCGUUCCUCAUAACCAACCUAGCCGUGGGUGACAUGUUAAUGGGCAUCUACCUCCUCAUCAUCGCCGGCGUCGACGCCUAUUACCGCGGUGAUUACAUCGUUCACGACAAAACAUGGCGUAACAGUGGUCUCUGCAAGUUUGCCGGCUUUCUCUCCACAUUCUCCAGCGAGCUCUCCGUGUUCAGUCUCACCAUCAUCACCCUCCAUCGGCUUUCUUCGAUCGUCUUUCCCUUCCGGAUCAAAGACAUGGAGUUCACGCGCGCUGUCUGGGUCAUGUGCGUGUCAUGGGGACUUGUCGCGUUUCUGGCCGCGCUGCCUCUGUGCGGAGUGGCGUACUUUGGCAAUUUCUACGGACGGUCGGGUGUGUGUUUAGCCCUGCACAUAACGCCGGAUAAACCCAGUGGAUGGGAGUACUCCGUGUUUAUAUUCCUGGGGUUAAACUUCGUAUCUUUCAUAACGAUUAUGGUGUCGUAUGGAGUCAUGUUCAACGUCGCAAGGAAAACCCAGAAGGCAGCGAUGAGGUCGCUGAAGUCGAAAGGAAGCGAUUCGAUGGCCAGGAGGAUGUCGGUGAUUGUCUUCACGGACUUCUGCUGUUGGGUUCCCAUUAUUCUCUUAGGUUUGGCCUCACUGUCUGGAGCGUAUGUACCGACCUCUGUGUAUGCUUGGGUAGCUGUGUUUGUGAUGCCGGUCAACUCGGCCGUCAAUCCGAUCCUUUACACCCUAGGCAGCGCCAUCACCGUCCGUCGGGCAAUACAGAGGUUCUCCAUCAACCCCUCUACAACAGUUACAUCAGAAUACAAGACUGUCAUGAACAAUUCCUCAGACCGGAAACAGGGUGGAUACAAGGGACGUCCCAUGCGGACGAUGUCGAAUACCGCUACUGAAAAUUGCAAACCCGCUACGACGACGACGACGAAACCGAAGCCCCCACCUGCCAAGGAGGAAACGAUAAAAAUGAUCGACCUCGGGAAAAGACGGCACGAUAACGGAGACGAUGGCGAGAAGAGGGCAUUGACCUCGGCCGGCAAUAACAAUGAAAAGACAUCAAAUAACGUGUGAACACUGCGGGUGCCAUGAUCGGUAUACACAUUAAAAGGAUAUGUUGUGUAUUCGUUUUGCUACGCACCGUGAAUUGUUUCCAUAUCUUGAAGGAGAAAGGAAGGGGAGGUCUGGAAAACGAUUGCGAAUCGGAAACUUUGCCAAGUGUAUGGAACAUUGUUGUCAUCGUAUGUUCAGACUUUGCUCGUCACACCGAAGAUUUAAGCCAAGUGAGGAGGAACAAUGAUGUUGUCCCUCACACUAGAGGGCAGUAUUCAAAUAGCUCCUUGUCGGUCGAUUCGAAAGGAUUUUCGAGAUUCAUUACAAAUGACGCCGUGUAAGAAUAGAAUACCAGAAUGUGAAGACUUGGUAUGCAAAAGUAAGGACAUGGUCUAAUCGAUCUCUAAAAUUAAUGACCACAUUUGAUCAUUCUUCUUUUAAAGCAUGGUUUUGUUUUUGUUUAAGUUAUGGAGGAAAGUUUUGAUUUGAUGGAGAGAGAAAGGAUUCCCUUCAUUCUCAUAUGGAAGGCUUUUGAGGAAAAAGCUAAGAGGAUAUGUCCAAUGUUGUUAAAACGUAUAUCGCGUUUCUCGAGUACAGUAGUUAUUUGUUUGACCGCUAUUUGAAAUACUCAAUUGUAUCUAGCUGUGACUUUAAAACGGGAUCCUAAUUGUGAUAUUAUUGUAGUUAGGUCAGUGUAAACUGCAAGAAAACGGAGUAUAUUUUGUUUGCGUUGUUUUAACCCCUUGCCUACGGGAACAUGGUUGGCUACUAUAUUGAACCUAUUGACAUAAAAUAAUUCAGUAGUCAAUUGGUUGAUAAAAGAAACUGAAUCAAUGAAGUCCAUUAAAGAUGGUAAUUACCACACGUUAGGUGUUUUUCGGUAUGUUUAACCCACCCCCUCUCUUCGUUACUCUCUCCCUCUGUAUUUCUCUUUCUUUCUCUCUCCCCCUCUCUCUCUCUCUCUCUCUCUCUCUCUUUCUAUCCCCUACCUCUCUCCGACCUUUUCUCUAAAUUUGGACAAACCCUUCUUUUUACUAUCUUUAUCAGUUUAUGUCUCAUCUAUCUCAAAAUGUACUGACCACGUCCUAAAAAUGCGCCAUCUACGUUAGGUAUCUGAAAGUCGUUUGCACGUAAAUGGAACGAGAUUAUGUAUUUGUAAGAGGUGAUUUUCAUAAUAUUUUGUACUUUAGAAUCUAGGCCAAAGUAUUUUUCAAUAUACAUCUGCCCCUAGGCAUAAAUACUAUUGUACAGUUGUCAAAUAGCAUUACGUGUAGACUGAGAUCAGUAAUAUGUAUUUUUAUUAUAAUGCUAAUUACAGGAUUUUAAUUAUUCACUUUAUUGUCUUCGACCUUUUCUCUAAAUUUGGACAAACCCUUCUUUUUACUAUCUUUAUCAGUUUAUGUCUCAUCUAUCUCAAAAUGUACUGACCACGUCCUAAAAUUGCGCCAUCUACGUUAUGUAUCUGAAAGUCGUUUGCACGUAAAUGGAACGAGAUUAUGUAUUUGUAAGAGGUGAUUUUCAUAAUAUUUUGUACUUUAGAAUCUAGGCCAAAGUAUUUUCAAUAUACAUCUGCCCCUAGGCAUAAAUACUAUUGUUGUCAAAUAGCAUUACGUGUAGACUGAGAUUAGUAAUAUGUAUUUUUAUUAUAAUGCUAAUUACAGGAUUUUAAUUAUUCACUUUAUUGUCUUCGACCUUUUCGCUAAAUUUGGACAAACCCUUCUUUUUACUAUCUUUAUCAGUUUAUGUCUCAUCUAUCUCAAAAUGUACUGACCACGUCCUAAAAUUGCGCCAUCUACGUUAGGUAUCUGAAAGUCGUUUGCACGUAAAUGGAACAAGAUUAUGUAUUUGUAAGAGGUGAUUUUCAUAAUAUUUUGUACUUUAGAAUCUAGGCCAAAGUAUUUUUCAAUAUACAUCUGCCCCUAGGCAUAAAUACUAUUGUUGUCAAAUAGCAUUACGUGUAGACUGAGAUCAGUAAUAUGUAUUUUUAUUAUAAUGCUAAUUACAGGAUUUUAAUUAUUCACUUUAUUGUUGUGUAUUUGGAUCGGAUUAUGUGACACAGGUUACUUUUAUAAGUAUAGAGAGAUAUAAAGAAGCGCGACACCAGUUCAUCACAAUAUAAUAUAGAGCAUGCCAUUUAAUCAGAUGAAAUAUAACAUGAAGAUUCUGAUAAAAAAUAUUACAACGCGACAAAUUGAAGUCUCGUAGGUGAUUUGGGCAGCGUCUCAUGAAACCGUCAUUUUAAUAGUGCAAGUUCAACGACAUCCCGUUGAAAUGCACGCUUUUGAAUGGGAUGUCGGUGAACUUGUACUUAUGACGGUUUCGUGAGACGCCACCUUGGUGACUGUACUAUCUGAAAGUUCUGUGAUCUAUCUCUGAUAAAUAUCUCUGAAUCUCAUGACUGGAGUCCUGAAGUGAACAUCUUUUAUAAUUAAUGAGUAAACCCUCUGCUGGGAGUUGGUAAACAUUGGGCCAUAGACCAAAUAACUAUGAUUACAUCAUAACGACGACUCCUGAUUGGGGAGUGCGUCUGUUUAGAAGAAGUAUCUAUGAUGUCAUUGGAAGCCCAUAAAAUGACCAGUUCGUCAUAACUUUACUUGGAAGUUGUAUGAUUCAUAAUUCAGAAGAAGUGUAAACUUUGUAAACAUUUGAACUUCCUAUAGCAAUAUUGAUAAACUAUUGAUAAACCAGUGCUUAAUAUAAAAUGUGGUCUAAUCAUAGCAUAACAUAUUGUAGACAAGAGCGUGUGCCGUGGUGACCGGUAAUGGCCGUGUAUAUGGGCAAUCACAAAAUUAAAUCAUAUUUGACGCCCCCUCUGAAAAAUAAAAAAAUAAAUAAAAUAGAAUGCGUGUUAUUUCAAUGUCAUUGCAUGAGUGCAAUCAAUUACAAUGGGUCACGUUGCAUCCGAUAUUCAGAAGUAGAAAAUGUGGCCAUUUGGGACAGAGAUAACAUUUACUUCCUCGUUUAGAGAUAACUGAAAGGUCAGUUUUCGGGCAAUUACUUAUUUCAAUUAUUUCCCAUUUCAGCUCGAUCAUUUAUUGUUCUAUUUCAACACUAACAUGAAUCUAUCCUGUUGAAUUUGCAUGUUACUCAUGAGUAAGGAAUAUGUCUGUAUUUUGUAAUAAAUGAUUUGAUAAUAAUAAAUGCAUAGUAACAUUGAAUACUUGUAAUA